AUGAAUAAUCAAUUCAAACCAAAGGAGAAAAUAGCCAAACAUGGCAAGUUCAAAAAACAAUUAAUAAUCUUCAUAAGUGCCCUAGGUUCCUUCUGGUUCGUUACUGUCCUAACCAUAGGAGCAGUAUUCUAUCAUUGGUAUCAUAGACUCACCGGAAAAGAAAGAUUUAAUGAACCAGUAGAUAUUUCAGCCAGUCAUGGAUAUAAACCCCGAAAAGCCUAUGAUUCAGAUACCAAGAAGAUGGAAGCUACUACUGAUUUACGAUAUUAUGCCCAGGCUAUGGGAUUGGAUUUAUUGGAAUAUAAAGUAACCACAGCAGAUGGAUAUAUCUUGACAUUACAUCGAGUAAUUGACCCAAAUGAAACGGACGAAAAGCGAGAUUUGAGAAAACCGAUAUUAUUACAACAUGGAUUAUUAUGUUCUUCAGGAGGGUUUAUUGCAAGUGGAAGGAAUUCAUUGGCUUAUUAUUUGGUUGAAUCGGGGUAUGAUGUUUGGAUGGGGAAUAAUCGAUCAUGGUUUGAAGCGGUCCAUUCUUAUUAUGAAGGGAAUUUAUAUAAUAAUGAACAAUAUUGGGAUUGGAGUGUUGAAGAAUUGGCAUAUUAUGAUUUACCUUGUUUAAUUGAGAAUGUAUUAAGUCAUAAGACCGGACAUGAAAAAUUAUCAUUAUUGGGACAUUCACAAGGUGGAUUACAAAGUUUUAUAAUGUUAAGAAAUGAGGAGUUUCUGAAUAUUCAUGAAAAGAUUGAAUGUUUCUUCCCAUUAGCCCCAGCGAUAUAUCCUGGUGAAUUAUUUCAUACGAGGAAUUUCAUUCGAUUUAUGUAUAAUAGAAGUUCAAUUGGAUGGUUAUUAAUCUUUGGAUGUUGUGGAUUUUUAAGGAAUUUAUGUCUAAUGAGAUAUAAAAUGGCAUCUACUUGGUUAUUUGGUAGAUUAUCAUAUUAUAUGUUUAAAUAUUUAUUUGGUUGGACUGCAAGAAAUUGGGGUAAAGAUAAAAAAGUAUGGCAUUUUUGUUUUAUUUAUAAUGCAACUUAUGUUUCAGUUAAUUUAAUGAAGUAUUAUUUAGCAAAAUAUGUUGAUGUUGGAUUUGCUAAUUUAUUACUUCCAAAGAAAGCUUAUAAAACUGGUGAAAAUUUUGUUGUUAAUUCAAAAUAUCAAAUUGAUGAUUCUAAUUCAUUUUUCCCAUUCAAAGAAUCAUGGUUUAAUAAUAACAAAGUAACAGUGCCAAUGGUUGUGUUCAUUGGAGAAAAAGAUGAUAUGGUUGAUGGUAGAAGAUUAGUUACUCAUAUGAAACAUUUUGAACCUAAGUAUAAAGAAGGUGAGAAUAUUGAAUAUAUUGAAAUUCCAACAUAUAAUCAUGUUGAUGUUAUUUGGGCUGAAGAUUUAAUUGGCCAUAUUGGAUUUGCCAUUACUAAGAAAUUGAAGAGUAUGGAAGAAGUAGCAACGGGAGAGCCAAAAGAUAUUCCAUUGGAUGAGAAAGUUGUCCCGGAGUCCCCGGAGAGAUCUAGUGUAUCACCAUUUGAAGAUGCGAAUGCAACAAAAGUUGAGGUUGAUCUUUCCUCUUCUCCACAAACUGAAGUCAUUCAUCCAUCUCAACCGGAAAUUAUGGUACAAGCAUAG